AUGGAGACCCCGGAGGCGCCGAGCUCCGAGGCGGAGCCGGGGCCCGAGGAGGUGCUGCGCUUCUUGGCGGAGCGCGGGGGCCGGGCCCGGCAGGCUGAGCUGGUGCAGCACUUCAGGGGCGCCCUGGGCGGCGAGGCGGAGCAGCGCGCCCGAGCCCGCGCCCGCUUCAAGGAGGUGGUCAACGCCGUGGCCGUGGUGCGCACCGAUCCUGCCGACGGCACCAAGUACGUGCACCUCAAGAGGAAGCUGUGCCCCGGGCCGCCUCCCCAAGUGGAGGGGACCCCGGCUCCCCCUGGGAACGCGCUCCUCGGCGAGGGCCAGCUGUCCCCCUCACCCGCCGGGGACCCGCCCCGCGUCCAAGUGACCACCGCGCCAGCGCCCGACGAGGCCAUCCACAGCCCAGCCGAGCCGCGGGAGAUCGGGGAGAACGGCGACUUCUGCGGGGCGGCAUCCCCCGAAGACGUUCCCAGCGUCCAGGAGAUUGAAGCGAGCCAGGCGCUUCCCGGACAGGGCCGCGAACCUGACCAUGGCGCGUCCUUGGUCACGGGUGGCCACGGCGGGACGAGUGGCCACGGCGGGGCCCCGAGAAGACUCGCCGCACCUGGCCGCCCGGUGGCCGGGCGGUCGGUCCAACUGGAGCGCCCGAUCAGCCACUGCGAGGAGGAGGGGAACGAGCGCAGCCCCCCUGGAGGAUCCCACACCCCCAGGCCUGUCCGCCAUAACGUCCGAGACCUCGUGGUGGGCAGCUCCCCGCAGCUGAGAAGGAGCACCUCCGGGCCAGGGCGCAGCAGAAGCACCGGCGACUCAGACAGCGCUUCCCUGGCGUCGUCCUCAGCCGAGGAAGAAAGCAGCAGUGGCGGCGGCGGCGGGGGCUCCGUGACCCUGGACCCCCUGGAGCACGCCUGGAUGCUCUCGGCCUCCGAAGGCAAGUGGGACAGCUUGGAAGGGCUGCUGGCCUGCGAACCUGGCCUCCUGGCCAAGCGGGACUUCAUCACUGGUUUCACUUGCCUGCACUGGGCCGCCAAGCACGGCCGGCAGGAGCUGCUAGCCAUGCUGGUCAACUUUGCCAACAAGCACCAGCUGCCGGUGAACAUCAACGCCAGGACCAGCGGGGGCUACACCGCCCUGCACUUGGCGGCCAUGCACGGGCACGUGGAGGUGGUGAAGCUGCUGGUGGGCGCUUAUGACGCCGACGUGGACAUCAGGGAUUACAGCGGCAGGAAGGCCUCCCAGUACUUGAGCCAGAGCAUCGCGGAGGAGAUCAAGAGCCUGGUGGGGGCCCUGGACGACCUGGAAGGGGAGAGCGCUGGCAGCGGUGUCGGGGGGCGCUGGAGGCUGUCCAGGAUGCUACCCUCCCACCUCAUCACCUACAGGCUCUCGCACGUCCUGGAGGAUGGAGGCGACCACCAUCACCACCACCACCACCACCACCACCACCACCUGCCAGAGGGCUGGGCUGGAGGGAAAGCAAAGGACCCCGGGCGCAAAGCCUCGGGGAGCUCCAGUGGACGGUUAAAACCACCCAGACUCAACAAAAUCCGCUUCCGAACCCAGAUUAUUCACACUACGCCCUCUUUCAGGGACCCGGAGCAGCCACUGGAGGAAGGAGAGGAGGAGGAGGACCGACCUCUCAAGGGUCACUCCUCCUCGUUCAAAUUGAGACCUAAAUCCAAUGUAUUUGGGUAA